AUGGCUCCUAAAAGGGAACCCUCCAUAAAGAAGUCUCCUUCACCAGUGGCCCAACCCAGACUGGGUCCUCCUUACCCCUGCCUCCCUGCAGCUCCUGCAGUUCCAAAACCGGCUCCAGAGCAGAAACCUAGGAUGCUGCGUCCCUCAGAUUCACCAUUUGACCCCAGCACUUUGGAGAUUGAAUUUAACCUGGAUCAGAUUCAUGAGUUUAAGGAGGCAUUCCUGCUGUUCGACAGGACAGGAGAAGGGAAGAUCAGCUUCAGCCAGUGUGGGGAUGUCAUGCGGGCCCUGGGACAGAACCCUGUCAAUGCUGAGGUGCUCAAAGUUCUGGGCAACCCCAAGGCUGAGGAAAUGAACACCAAGAUGCUAGACUUUGAGCAGUUUCUGCCCAUGUUCCAGGCUAUCGCUAAGAAUAAAGAUCAGGGCUCCAUGGAGGAUUUUGUGGAGGGACUGCGUGUCUUUGACAAGGAGGGCAACGGCACAGUAAUGGGAGCAGAGCUUCGUCACGUCCUCACCACGUUAGGUGAGAAAAUGUCAGAGGAGGAAGUGGAGACGCUCUUGGCGGGACAUGAAGAUGCAAAUGGUUGCAUCAAUUAUGAAGAACUGGUCAGGAUGGUCAUGAACGGGUGAAGAUGAAGAGCAUCCCACUUUUUUUUUUUUUUUACCCUAUCACACCUACCCUCUUUUUGCAGUUAUCUUUUACAGCCCUUUCCCCCCUGCCUUUUCCAUGGAUUCAUUUUCCACAUUUAAUUUAAAAAGUGCCUUUACAUUCCCUACAAAUGACCACAAAUGACCUGGCUAUUGCUGCCAGGUCCUUUCACAUAUGCGACCAACUUGUUUGCAUCCAGGAGUCUCUGUGCUUGCAUUGUUUGCAAUAAUAUUCCAAGAUGCAGCACUUAAGACAACAUAAAUUGAUCAUGAUAAACUGUAACUAUUGAUACUAGUGUGUCAAAGUUGGAUGGGACAUUAAUAUAUAUAUAUAUAUGUAAAAGCUGUCAGCAACCUACUGUAUCAUUGGCUAAGACUUGCUUUGACUGAGGAACACGUUCCUCUGAUUCAGCAGAUAACUGGUAUAUUCAAAGCCAUACUAUCAUGAGGUAGAAAGAGACAUUUCAGAUGGAUUCCCAUGUUUUGAUUUCACCCCAGUUUUGUUGCUGCCUUUAAAUAAAUGUUUUCCCUGAA